AUGAAUUUUAGUGUUGAAGGCAACCAAUUUUUUAAAGAGGGCGAUUACCUUUCAGCAUGGAAUUGCUACACAAGAGGUCUCGUACAAACACCGAAAAAUCCAGUAUUAUGGUCUAAUAGAUCUCUUGCAAACAUGAAGUUUGAAAUUUUUGAACUUGGUUAUACUGAUGCUUUAAAAGCUUAUAAUCUCUUAAUCUUCAAUGAUCAACUUAUAAAAGAUCGAAAUUUACAAUUACUUUUCAUAAAAUCAAUUGAUCAUAUGUCAGAAUCACUUUCGAAAUUUGGCGUUUUCUUACGUGCUAUCUCUAUUUUAGAUUCUUUUCUAAACAAUCCCUCUUAUAAAAAAUUUUUUUCUACACGACUUCGUCAACAAUUGCUAAAAAAGAAAGAUGACUAUCAAAUUCAGUUAAAUUCAAAGCUUGCACUCAAUAAAAUGUUCGUUUAUGACUCAUUAAAACAUAUUCAAAACCAUACCGAAAUAGUUAAACGAAUGAUGGAUAUGGGAAUGACGAAAUUUAAUUAUCCUUGGGAUAUAGAGAGAUUGGAAAAUCUCAGGGAUGAAAAGAAUAUUGAAAGUUUACAAAGAGAAUUGUCUUCUAAAAGAGUUAAUAUUGCACAAUUAAAUCUUAAUAAACAAAAUCAUAAAACAUUUACAGUUCAAUUGGGAAUAUUUGCAAAAGAAGAAAUUCCAGAAGGAACAGUAAUUUUGAACGAAGUUCCAUUUCUUACCGUUCAUGGUUAUACAUCGUUGAGAUGUAAUCAUUGCGCACGUAAUCUUAAAAUAACUAAUUACAAAGAUUCUGUACCAUCAUAUUUCAAUUGCCAAAAAAAUAUAAAUUGUACGGAAAUCUUUUGUAACAAACAAUGUUAUGAUUUAGCGAUAGCACAAUAUCAUACAGCACUUUGUGGAAAGAAUCUUAAACCAUUUUUAAAUAUUCUCCACCAGCAUAAAUCAGGAAAUGGAGAUCCUAAUCCAUUAUUUUUAUUAAAAAUAUUUGCAAUUGCAAAAAUGAGGAAUAUCUCACCACUUUAUAUUCAAGAAAUUAAGGACUUGGCACAAUAUAAACCACCUUAUAUUAAAAAAUCAAUUAAUUCAAAUAUACCAUUUGAAAUAACGAAAGAAAGUGAAUCAUAUCUUCCAUCAAUAUAUUUUGAUUUCUAUUUUUCAACACUUGAAUUACUUGAAAUUUCUCCAUAUGAUAUAAGAUACGAUUUUUGGAUUUACAUUACUAUAAUGUGUAAACUUCAAGUCAAUUCAUUUGGAUGUGAUGGAUUGGCAUGUCUUUAUAAAUUCAUGUCUUAUAUAAAUCAUUCAUGUGUGCCAAAUGCUUAUACAGAUCCUUACAUAUCUCAAAAUUAUAAGCAAAAUGUUGAAGAAUUGAAUAAUAAUAAUGGAGAAUUUAAAGAGAAUAAUAUGAAUAUAGUAUCUUUAAGAAAAAUUCAAAAAGGAGAACAGAUCUUUAUUAGUUAUUGUAAUGAAAUGUUAAAUAAAGAGGACAGAGCAGUACAUUUAAUUCCAGCUUAUGGAUUUGAAUGUGAUUGUGAGAAGUGUAGGAAUGAAGAACCACAGGAUUUAUGUAAAGUGCAUUUGCUUCCUGUUUGGUGGUUGGAUUGUUCUCAGGAGUAA